AUGCUUUCUUCCGUGCUCCGAGCGGAAUUGCGUCGCCAUACUCUAGCGCGGUCUUUCACUCCUCGUGGCUUUUCGGUAAUUACCUCUAACUUCCAUAAACCAGGCCUCCUUCACAACACAACCAAGUCAGCGCUUGCAACUCGCAACCUUGGCUUUUUCAAGGUCGUUGCCAAAGCUGUCAAGCUACCCGCUUACAUUGGCGGCACUGUUGCUGCGGGCGGAUCUUACAUUGCCUACAAAGUUGAUCAAGCGUCUACAUACACCAAUGACAAACUCUCUGCCUUCAAGGACUUCACGUCGGAUGUUUUCAACAAGACAGGCGACUUCUUUAAAUCUGCUGGAGGUGGAAGUGAGUCCAGCGGGAAUAGCUCCGGUGGACCUGAUGGGUCAGACGCCGCUGCGGUGGGUGCAACUGCUGCUGCGGUGGGACUUUCGGCUGAUGAUGACGAGGAGCAAUUGACGUUGGAUGAUGAAGAUGAGGACGAAGACGAAGAAGAUGAAGAAACUCUUAUCGACCAGUCAUCUGAGGAUACAUUGGACUUAUCCAAUGAUGAGACCGCAGAUGAGAUGCUCAAUUUGACCCGUCAAAUGAUCGAAAUCAGAAACAUCCUUACCCGUGUGGACAGUCAGUCAGAUACACUCAAGCUUCCCUCUAUCGUUGUUGUGGGAUCUCAAUCUAGUGGUAAAUCAUCUGUCCUCGAGGCAAUUGUAGGUCAGGAAUUCCUUCCCAAGGGCAAUAAUAUGGUCACCAGAAGACCUAUCGAGUUGACCUUGGUCAAUGCCCCUGAGUCUGCGAGCGAAACAGCCGAGUUCCCAGCAUUGAAUAUGUACAACAUGACAGACUUUCAGACCGUGCAGAAGACUCUCUUCGACUUGAAUAUGGCUGUUCCGGCUUCUGAAUGUAUUUCAAAUGACCCAAUUCAAAUAACCAUCAGAUCUCCGCGUGUUCCUGACCUCUCCUUAGUGGAUUUACCUGGUUACAUCCAAGUCGAGGCUGAUGACCAACCUGCUGAACUAAAGCAAAAGAUCCGUACGCUUUGUAACAGAUACUUAGAGGCUCCUAACAUUAUUUUGGCUAUAUCAUCAGCUGAUGUCGACUUGGCAAACUCUUCAGCACUACGUGCUGCAAAGAUGGCUGACCCUCGUGGCGAAAGAACCGUUGGUGUUAUUACAAAAAUGGAUCUAGUUGACCCUAAAAUAGCCCGCAGGAUUCUCCUCAAUCGUAAGUACCCAUUGCGGAUGGGUUACGUUGGUGUGAUCACUAAGGCCCCAAAUCCUACCUCCAAAUCCACCGGACUUUUUAGCCGCAGGCAAGUAUCUGGUUUCCAGUCAUACGUUGCACAACAAAAUUUUGAAUUCAACUACUUCAAAGACAACAAAGACGAGUUUUCAGGGACCAGCACUGGAACACGUAUUUUGAAGAAGAAGUUAAUGAAAGUUUUGGAGAAGUCUAUGUCUGCCUCUUUACGCCCAACACAUAUGGCCAUCAGACAAGAGCUCGAGGAGACUUCAUAUCAAUUCAAAGUUGAAUUCAAUGACCGUCCGUUGACCCCACAGAUGUAUUUGGCUAAUAAUAUUGACUUAAUCAAAGUCGCAACCAAAGAAUUGAGCCGCAACUUUUCUAGAAACGAGUUGCGUUCCCUUUUGAAAAAUGAGUUGGAUCAAAAAGUCUUGAAUUUGCUAGCAGAGCGCUACUGGAAUAGGCCUUUUACUGGCAAUAUUAAUGAACUCUCAUUGCCAUCCUUGGAGCCUGCUCUCACAGAGCUCAGUCAACUAUCCGCUGUGCCGGAGGACAGUUACUGGCAUAAAAAAUUAGAUUUGACCCAAAGUUCCCUUACUAAGCUGGGAAUUGGUCGUUUGUCAACUUCACUUGUCACUGGUGCAAUGCUUACAGAGAUCAACAAUCUUGUGGACGGUACACAACUCACUAAUCAUACAUUGGCUCGUCAAGCUGUUGAAGAUGCGGCAAAAUCUGUACUCAAGUCUAAGUACUACUUCACAGCCGACCAAGUUGAGAAUUGUAUAAAGCCAUAUAAAUAUGAGGUCGAGCUUGAGGAUAGGGAAUGGGCUGCAAGCAAAGAAAGCGCUGUGAACUUAUUGAGAGAAGAAAUGAGGCAAUGUGAUUUGGCCCAGAGUCAACUCAAGAAAGAGAUAGGAGGCCGCAAAUUGCCUCAGGUCAUGAAGUAUUUGGAGAAAUUAUCAUCUCAGAACAAAGGAGAGGUUGACGCCAAUGAGGCCUUAGGGUUUUCGAAGGCAUUGCUCGAGAAGGGACAGGAGGCUCUUUUUCUUCGUGAUCGUAUGAAGCUCCUAAAGAUGCGCUAUCAAUUCAUUAAGAGUUCCAAAAAGUGCCAGAGCAAAGACAACAAAUACCAAUGUCCCGAGAUAUUUUUGGAUGCAGUGGCUACUAAGCUUACCUCUACUGCCAUAUUGUUCCUUAAUGUCGAAUUACUUAGUGACUUCUACUAUAACUUCCCAAGAAAAUUGGACGACGAGUUCUUCAAGAACAUGUCACCAGAACAGCUUGAGAGUUUUGCUAAGGAAGACCCCAAGAUCAAGAAGCACAUCGAGCUUCAAGAACGCAAAGACCUUCUAGAAGAAGCAUUAAGUAAAAUGGAGGGAGUUCUUGCUAUUCAAAAUCAGAAAUCUGAUUCGAAAAGCAAUAGUAAAUGGUGGUAA